AUGAACGUAAACUGGAUAACACAACUUGAGCAUUUAUUGGACCCAAAAAGAAAUUCUUCAAAAGAUGACUUGAAGCCGCCAACAAGUGCAGCGAACACUCCCAUAAGGCAUGCUAAUACUCCCAUAAAUUACACAAACCCCACAGCAGACUACAGUUUAAACAAAUAUUAUUUAAAAAAACAAAUUUUGGACAACUACAAAAAGGAAAACAUAAAUGAGCUCUACCCCUGGCAGCAUGAAUGCUUAAUUAAGUUAAAAGAAGUACAAUGGGAAAAAGGGGAAAACUUUCUAUUCGUCGCGCCGACCUCAGGUGGAAAAACUUUAGUAGCAGAAAUUUUCGCUUUUGAACAAAUUGAAAAAACGGAAAAAAUUUUUUUUUUGUUUCCUUUAAAUUCUUUAAUAAAUGAAAAAAUAGCAUAUUUUAAAAAAAUAUGUAUUGGUACAGAUAUUAAGAUAGGUACCGAAUUCACUAAUACAGAUAUAAUUUUAUGUACAUAUGAGAAAUUAAAUAGUUAUUUAAAUAAGAAAAAAUUAGUAUGUACAAGGUGUAAUGACAACAUAAGGGAAGAAUACUCUAGUACAGUGAAUAAAAACGUGCACAAAGAUAAGAACUGUUGUCAUAGUUUCAUUGUAAUAAUUGACGAAUUUCAUCUUAUAAGUGAAAGAGGGAGAGGUAUAUAUAUAGAGAACAUUAUUUCUAAAAUUUUAUACUUAAAUAAAAAAAGACCCACAAUAAAAAUUAUUUCUAUGAGUGGUACAUUAGAUAAUUUGUCCAAAUUAAGGGAAUGGAUGAACGCCAGAAUAUACGUUUCGUCUUAUCGACCACAAGAAAUAAAGGAGCAUUACAUAUGCAAUGGGGAUGUUUACAAAAAGGAAAAAGAGGUUGGUUCCUUUUCCUACUCGUGCAGUGUAUACGAUUUUGGGAAAGUAGACGACGAGGAUGGUGGUAACAGAAGGAAUGGGGAUAUCUCUGGAAGUGGUAGCAGCUGUGAACGUAGUACGAACAUACAAAAUAGCAUUUCGAAUUUUUUGAAAGGAAGAAGUCUGUCCACAAACAACAACUUGGUUCGUUCCCUGCUUUGCUUUGCCCUAUACAGCCGCAUAGAUAAGCUAAACACAUUAAUAUUCUGUUCAACUAAAAAAAAUUGCGAGUAUUACAUUAAUAUCAUAAAUAAUUUUUUUUUAAGCUGCUUUCCCUACCAUGACAUUAAUAUCCCAGAAGAGAUUAAAAUAAAAAGAAGAGAACUAAACGAUAAGAUAUAUCACAUUGAUAAGUACACAUAUGAUAAAAUGAACUAUUAUAUACAUAAUGGUAUAUGUUAUUACUAUAGCGAUAUUAGUAAUUCUAUAAAAAAGCUACUCGAAUUAGCAUAUAAAGAAAAAACAUUGUUUUUAUUAACAUGUACAUCUACUUUAUCUGUUGGACUAAAUUUACGAGUAGACAGAGUUUUAAUUUCUUCUCCUUUUAUUGCUGAUAACUUUUUAACAGUCACUCAGUAUAAACAAAUGAUAGGUCGAGCAGCCAGAUUAAAUAAGGGAGAUUCUUUUCUUUUUGUUGAAAAGAAGCAAGAGAAAAAUAUAUUAGAUAUGUUUAAAAAAAAUUUUAUUCAUAUAAAAAGCACCAUGAAUGGUAGUAGUUCAUUCGAUCAGUUGGAAAAGUACAUAAUUGAGUUUAUCUGCUUGUUGAAUGAUCCAAUGUCUUUUCAUGAUAUUGUAUCUGUGUUUUCGUUUUCUUUAUAUUUUAUCGAGAUAGUCAAAAGUGGGGAGCCAGAACAAGGAGAGGGGGGUAUCACGGGUAGAAACGGAGUGAUCAAUGUUGCCAUUACUAGUGCCGCUAACAGUGCAGCUAAUUGCUCUAAUUAUGUAGGGGUGGAUAAAAAGAGUGCAUCGAAGGGUAGUAUUCGUUCGUCUGUUCAACUCAAAGAGGAGAAAGAUGAAAGAACUUUUAAUGACGAAUUUGGGGAUAUCAAUUUAGAACAAUUCACAGAAAAUGAAUUAAUAUUUUAUGAGCGAAAGAAAAAAGAUAUUCAUUAUGUGGUUAACAAGUUAAUAAAAUAUAAGUGUAUAGAAAUAGAAAAUAAGAAAAUUCGAGUUACGAAUUUUUGUAAGUCUUUAUGUAUAAGUAAUUUCACAAUAUCUUUUGGAGUAGAAUUAUUAAAUGAAAUAAAAUAUUAUGACAAAAUUUAUCUUUAUAAUAAUAGUUUUCAUUUAUGUUAUAUUUGUUCAUCUUACAAUUUGAAUAUUGCAUCAUUUACUUAUUAUUUACCAUUUUUAAAAAAUUUGCUUUCCAUAAUAUUUGUAGAUAAUUAUACCAAACAUAUCAUUUUUCAAAUUUUAAAAUUUGAUAGCGAUAUAAUAAAUAUGUUAAAUUUAAAAAAUCAAAAUAUGUCCUUUAACAGAAAAAAAAAUAUAUUUUUCACUGAUGACCUUGUUCAGAAAAAAUACAAUAAAUUAUAUUUGUCUAUAUUGUUAUUUCUGUAUUUGAAAGGAAACAAUAUAUCCUUAAUAUGUUCAACAUUUAAAAUAACUGAAGAAGUAUUACAGACUAUUUUACACCAUACCUAUAUUUAUAUCCACAUUUUGAUUUCUUUCUUUGAUCAGCUCGAUCAGUGGAUAUUGGCAAGUUUAUUAAAAAAAUUUAUUUGCUAUUUUAAAACUGGUGAAAUGCCCUUAACAAAUAGACAUCGUCUUUCUUUCCAAGGCAGCAAUUUAAAUUACGAUCAUCAUUUGGGGAAAAAUCAACGAAAAAAAAAAAAAAAUAAAAUAAAAAUAAAAGAGCAUGCAAAUGAACAUGAAAAUGAAAAUGAAAAUGAAAAUGAGGAAGAGGAAGAGGAACAGGAACACUGA